CGGGCCUGUCGCAGGCACCUCUUUCGAGACCGGAUAGUCACAAGGCCCAUACCUACUGCGCUCACUUCUGUCUCUCUCUCUACACGCACAUAUACCCACACCCUUUGCAUCAAAUCGCCAGCAUGAAGGUCGUCUAUAUCGGCGUUUGGAAGAAUGAGACGAAACCCACGGUGGAGUUGACGUGUGAGCGCGAGCUCAGCUCUUACGGCCGAUUCACACGAGGAAGCAUCAGCGAGUUCAUGUCGUUCUUUGCGGGACAGGUUGCCGAACGGACAAAGCCUGGGCAAAGACAAGAUGUGGAGGAGAAAGACUACAUCUUCCACGCAUACGGACGCUCGGAAGGCGUUUGCGGCAUCAUAAUCACCGAUUUCGAAUACCCUAAGCUCGUCGCACAUCAGCUGCUCUCCAAAGUCCUCGACGAAUUCGUAUCUAAAUACCCCAAGUCCGCCUAUUCGUCCGCCACCAAGGACAGCCCGCAGAUGUCGUUCCCUGAGCUAAAGGAUUACAUCCAAAAGUACCAGGACCCACAGCAGGCGGACAGUAUCAUGAAGAUCCAGAAGGAGCUAGACGAGACCAAGAUCGUCUUGCACAAGACCAUCGAGAGUGUUCUAGAGCGAGGCGAGAAGAUCGACAACUUGGUGCAGAAGAGUGACGGGUUGAGCGCACAGAGUAAGAUGUUCUAUACACAGGCCAAGAAGCAAAACUCGUGCUGCAUCGUCAUGUAAAUAGUGGGUUCGCUUUGCUGGCUCAUUCAUCUCUCUUUGGGCGUUUAUACCUGGGUUUGGUACUUGAUACAAACAAUCCCGCAUA